UACUGUUUACAGCGUACUACAGUAGUAACUGAGUUGUUGUUGUUUUCUUUCAUUAUAACAAAUGUGCUGAAAGAAAGUGUUAAAUUAUGUUGGAAAAACGGUACAAUCAUGACGAAUUAAUCAUCAUUCGAAUAUACCCUCUGAUGGUUUGUUCAUUAUCAUCAACCCAACCCUGAAUUGUAUAGAUAUCGGCCAAUUAAGUCAACUGCAAAAGUGCAACAUUUUCAAAGAUUUCAAUUGGAUUACAAUUUGUAAACAAGUUUAGAUUGUGAAAAAUACUAAUUUCAACUAAAACGUACAUUCUUAGGAAACGCUGGUGAAAAUCAGACGAUAAACAAUGAAAUUUAGAAGCUGAACUAUUACUAUGAAUAGUCAUUCUAGUAAUGCAUAUCAUUUAGACAGUAGACUUAAUGGUUCUCAUGUUAAUGGUUUUGGUUCAAGCUUCCCAGGAACCCAUCGUUUUAAUCAAUCUGGAAUAUUGCCAGGUGUUCCGCUUACAUCAGGAAUCUCAGCCACUCCUCCUAUGAUGUAUAAAUUAUCACUUCAAGAAAUAAAGAAGUGUCUUCUCCAAGGACACCUUUCUUACCUUAAUAGGGACGAUACACCGGAAAAAUUGGCUCAUAAAACCAAACUUCAAGGAUUGAUUGUAGAGUAUUUAUCAAUGGUUCCGCAUUGCGACAAAUUUGAAAAUACUGAGAUUGCUGAAUGUUUUGAUAAGAGUAUUAUAGAGAACAAGGAUUUUACUGCUUGCCGAGCUGCUUCUGCAUUCGAAGUACUUGAAAAGUACGCCACUAGCCUUUUAACCAAGCCUUGGAGGAAAGAGUUUCGUACAAUAUAUCCCUAUGGUGGUUAUAUGAAAGGUUUAGUCGACAAACAACUCCGAGAAGCCUCUAAAAUUCUCUAUUUAAUGGGUUAUCGAAAUAAAAAUGUUAAUGGUGUCAUCGUCUACUCUGCCGAAUCUUCAAUAAUUGACCCAGAUACCUUAGCUCGAGUAUCGCUUGAUUGUCUAAUUGCUUUUGUCGAGUGUCAAAUGAUGAUUCAAAUAGCUGAUGCAUUAAAAAGGAAAAAUAUCUCUCUGAGCUGGCUUCAAAUUUUAAAUAUCCGAGCCAAUUCGAUAUGUUCUAUGGAUCAAUUGGUUAAUUAUGUUUUUGACUCUGACAAGUUGAUUGAUUUUGAAACUGAUCCUUCUUCAAAAUACGGCAAGCAAACUUAUCCUGUUAUACAAAGUCGACGUUUUAUUUCUCAACAACCCCAAGUCAGUCAAUAUCACCAAAAUGGAUGCCCAAUGCUUCGGGAAACCAGAAGAAAACAUGACAUCGCUCCUUCAAAAGAAUUAGUUAACCAUUCAAAUGUUGAUAAUUCUCGUGCCCGUGAUCUUAUCCAUUUCAGUGGGGAAGAACAAAGAAGUCCGAAUGUAAUUUAUCACGGAAUCCAUACACCUACUGGUUAUAUUGCUCCUCCACCCAUGUUUGCUAGUGAAUUAUCCAACGCAAAUUCUUAUGCAGAAAAUCAUAACUCAUACAGCUCUUAUAACCCAUCAUGCCUUCAUCAACAUGUACAACAUCCUCAACAAUCUACCUCAUCAUCCUUUCCUCCAUCUUUAGCCACCAACUAUUUGGCUCAGCCUAAAUACAAUGAUUUAAAUUUAAACAAAAGUGAUGUAGAUGUAAUAGAUGGUGCAUUGAACUCUUUUAACUUCAAAUCUUCAGGACCAAAGCCUAGUAGCUUGGAUCGUCGUUCUGCACCAUUAAGAGCUUCAAAUCGUGAUGUUAUUAGAUCUGAUGAGUCUUAUCGUUUACCGGUUGAGACUAGCGUAACCAACUCCAACGCAUCUUCCUGUAAUACUUCUAAAAUCGCCAGUAAUUCAACUGGGAACAAUGCUUCCAAUAAAAAACUAGAAGAACGAAUUAAUGCCAUCCUUAAAAGUUUCUCCGAUGAAGAUAAAUCAAGGAAGCCAACAAAUGAUGAGCCACGAGAUCGAAAAAAGGACAAAGUAUUGGUCGAAAAAAGAAUUGAGCCUUUAGACCGUGUUGGUAAAACUCGUGAAAAAUCUUUCAAUAAAUCCAAUAAUUCCUCUGAGGCCAGUAACAUUGAUAAUGGAGCCUGGUCUUGUGCUUAUUGUACCUUUUUGAAUACUAAUCAAACUGAUAUUUGUGAUAUGUGUUCCCGUAGUCGAGAAAGGCCUGGACUAGAUAAUACGAAUCUAACAAGCUGUGGAAAAGUUUGCAAAGUCUGUACUCUUGUUAAUUCUGAAGAAGCUGAUCAUUGUAGUGCAUGUGAACACAGUUUACGAAAUUCACCUACUUACAUUUAAAGUUACUCCAAUGGAUUAUAAAAUAAAUUGUUUUAAUCAAUCUACACUCAAGCCUAAUUUUUCUUAACGGAUUCUCUUUUUUGUCGACUACAAAAAUGAUAAACAUGUUUCAAAUUAUUAAAUAAUAUGUAUCACCCUUUUAGACACAAACUUUGACUCUUCAGUGAUGAAAAUUCAAACGGUGUUACAGAGUGUAGAUUAAUCUGAAUAUCUGUUUUUAAACUUAAAAAGCAAAGCUUAAUGAGCUUUUAAUUUCUUCUUGCCUUUUCCUUUUUUUAAAAAUGCUUUGGAAACUAACAUUUCAAGCCACUGAAUUUAAGUAAAGCAACAAAGUCAAACAAGUUGCACACUUUGCUGUAUGAAAUUUUUAAUCUUUAGGUCAAAAUAAACUUCAAAGGAUGUUCUUUC